UUUUGUUGUGCACUGUGGGGCGGUGACGGCAGCCGUGUCGUAUCAACGGUGUCAUCAUCCCUCGCUGAUGCUGUUGCGGCGCCUUACGCCGCCUAAAUUUUUGUUUAGGAAGGUGGCAGAAAGCUAAGUGGCAGCGAUGCCUGUUUAUAGUGUUUACAUCGUGAGCAAGUCCGGCGGCCUCAUCUUCCACAGCGACUUUCCUAGCAUGCCUCGGGUCGAGGUGGAGAAAACGUUCAGCUACCCUCUGGACAUGACCCUGUCCUACCAGAACGUGCUCAAGCGCGUGGUGGUGGUGUUCGGCCAGCGGGACGGCGUGUGCGUCGGCCACGCGGUCAUGGCCGUCAACGGCGUCACCGUCAACGGCCGACUGCUCGAGGACGGCAGAGACGUAGAAGCGGUGGUGGCCGACGAGGCCAACUACCCACUGAGUAUCCGGUUUGGACGGCCCCGGCUGACGACGAACGAACGGAUUGUUCUUGCCAGCACAUUCCACUCCUUCUAUGCCAUUGCAUCACAGCUCUCACCUGAACCCAAGUCAUCGGGCAUAGAGGUCCUGGAAGCGGGUGCCUUCCGUCUGCACUGUUACCAGACUGUGACGGGCAUCAAGUUUAUUGUGCUUGCCGAUGCGCGUCAAGCAUCACUAGAACCACUGCUACGGCGUCUGUUUGAACUGUACGCCGACUAUGCACUCAAGAACCCGUUCUACUCACUCGAGAUGCCUAUACGAUGUGAACUGUUUGACACAAACCUCCAGGCAGCUGUGGAACAGAUGGAGCGAACAGGCAUCAGCAAUGUCUGAG